AUGGCCAACUUCAAGGACGAAGUUUUGGCAGCAUAUGGCAAACAAAGACCUCCCAAGCAUAAUAUGACGCAAGAGGAACGCGACGGACUGAGAGAACUUCGUCAUGACCCCAGUGUAGUGAUAAAGCAAUCCGACAAGAGCAAGAAGCUAGUAGCUAUGAAACAGGAACUCUACCUGGAGAAGGCAGAGGCACUUCUGUCUGACAGCACUAUGUACAGAAAAGUGGAUCUAACUAUCACUGCUCCAGUCACAGGAAUUUCGAUGGUUCUCGAACGCAUAUUGCAUCAACUGCUUGCAUUUGUCCCAUCGCACCUCAUCAACACCAAAGACGAGCUAGACAAUAUCCGCACCAUAUACCCUGGCCUUAAAGCACCUGCUGGAACGAUUCUGGCUACGAUGGAUGUGGUGGGUUUGUAUCCCAGCAUACCGAUCGAAGAGGGCGUGAAUGCCGUUAGUGACGUGCUAGAGCAACACCAUAACAGAGUUGAUAUGCUCGGGCUGAGCGUGACCCAAGUCAGGACACUACUGAAGUUUGUUCUGAGUCAUAACUACUUCAGAUUUGGCAGACAGAUCUACCACCAGCUAGAUGGGGUUGCUAUGGGGAACAACCUGGCACCUCCAUUUGCCAUCCUGUUUAUGCACACCAUUGAGACACGACUUCUUCAGGACUCACCCUUCCAACCUAUUCUGUUCAGACGAUACAUCGACGAUAUCAUCAUCCUAUGGACACAUGGUAGGCAGCGCCUUCUGGAGCUCAUAGAAAGAUUCAACGCCAGCCACGAACGUAUCAAAUUCACGCAUGAAUUAAGUUGUGACAGUGGCUGCAUAGACUACAUGGACGUAACGAUCGCGGUUGGGCAAACCGGAGAGCUGUCAUUCAAAUUGUUUCAGAAGGCAUGCAGUAGUGGCCUACUGGUGGAUUAUUCAUCGGCAGUUCCUCACCACAUCAAGUUAGCCGUCGCUCAAUCUCAAUUCCUAAGGGCACAGCGACUAUCGUCUAACCCCAUGAUGCAAGCCGAGAGCGAACAAAAAAUACACAAACAACGGCGCAUAAAUAACUACCCAGACAGUACCAUAUCGGAAGCAAGGGAAGCUGCCAGGAAACCUCGGCGUAGACGACGCGGUAAUCCCCGCUCUGCCUUCCUUAAACUACCGUUCAAGUCCGAUGAAGUACACCACCAUGUGAACAAAGCAAUACGGAAAUACAAGUUGCCGGGAGGUGGCUUAUGGGUACUGCAAACUCACACAUCCACUACAUUGUGCACAUCCGUGUCAGUUUGCUGA